UUAGUACUGCUCUUUUCAAUUCAAAUUCAGUUUACAUCACUACGAGUUUUCUUUCUCAAGAUAUACCAUUUUACAUUUACGGUGUAUUUUGUCCAUACUAAAAUGCCAAUUAGUAAUGUAAGGAAAAUCGAAUGUCGUAGCUGAAAAAAUAUAUCAUGACAUUGUUUUUUUUAACCAAUCAUGUGCAUAAUUUGUGUACUGAUAGCAGGGCAGUAUUUUGCAAAUCUUUAAAAAAUAAAACAACAUACAUGACUUGUGUUCCGUGAUGCUGUUUGUAAAAAAUGUGGUCCUCAUAUUAUCAUUGGUUCAAACUUCACCAUCAUUGUAGCAAAGCUGUUAGCCUGACUAGGGUUUAUGAUUGAGAUCUUGACAGUAUAAAAACAUUUCAUGAGUGUAAUUUUAUUUUAUUUUAAGUACUUAUUUGAUUUAUUUUUAUAUUAUUUAAGGAAUGCAUCGAGUGCUUCAUGGGUUCCCAAACCCUGAAAAGGACAAAGAACGCUUCAACAACUGGCUUUACGCUAUUGGUGGUGAUAUCUUGGCCUUGGAAAAUGAGCGCAUAUUUAAGUACCGCCGUGUGUGUCACUCACACUUCGAACAUAAAUAUCUAUGCUGUAACAACAAAAUCAGCAACAUUGCUUUGCCAACAUUAAAUAUGCCAGCACCAUUUCUGCUGAAGAGAUCCACAUCAGUUACUAGAAAGCCAUUACAACAAAUUCUGGAACUGCCAUCAACGAAUUUCAGUAUAUUAGAAUGUACUCUGUGUGUAAAAUGGUCGCCGUAGCCUGCGUACACGCUUGAUUACGUUUUGCGGUUGUUUUAUGUGUAAAUUCUAGUUUUUGUGAUAAUAUCUUCGUUAUAAACGUCGAGUCGAGUUUACUCCUCCGUUUCGGUAAAAAGAUAAUCUUCCAGAAACUGUGUUUUACUUUGCGCUAAGGACGCUUUUGUGUUGUGUUGUGUGUGGUCUGCUCAUCAUUGCAACAAUGCCGCACCGAUGUACACUCGGAUGUAAAAGCACAGAUGUGCCAUUGCACAUCUUUCCAAACCCGAUCAAGUUUCCUGAUCGUUUUAAAACUUGGGUGAAUCUUGUUGGAGGAAAGCUUGAAGCACCAUCUGACUACGAAUUUUAUAAGAAGCAGCGGCUAUGUGACAUCCAUUUUUCUAUUGAACAAAAAAAUCGCUUCAAACGCCUAAAUGCAUUGGCAGUACCGAGUCUUCAUUUACCAGAUAAUCAGUCGGUCAGUAGAGAGAACCAAGGAUUGCAAGAGGCAGCUCCCAGUACUGUUAACGAGGAAUUAGAUACCAGUGCUACUGCAGAAGUUCAACAAUCACUGGAUAAGUCACCGGGUCCUGUUGAGAAAGAAGCAGAUAACAAGGUUGCUGGAGAGGUUCAAGGAUUACAAGAAACGUCGUCACCAGGACCUGUUGACGAGGAACCAGAUGCACCUGUUGAAGUUAAGGAGGUUUGCCGCGUAUGUCUCGCGUUUAACGUGAAGAUGUAUAACGUACAAGAACACAACUUGUGUCAAAUGUUAUAUGACAUCACCGGUAUUGAGGUUGGUGAAAACGAUGGCAUAUUCCAAUACGUGUGUUACGAGUGUGCCGCACGACUUUCAGCAGCUUCAGCGUUCAGGCAUAAAGCGCUGAAAAGCGACGGAAUGCUGCAGCGACUGAUGAACUGCGGCGAUACAAUAGCCGAGCAAAUAACAUUUCUUAAAGAGAACGUUGAAAUUUUGAAACCGACGCUCACAGUGCAAGAAGUGUUCAUUACUACUGAUAUCGCCGAAGAACCAAAUAUUAAGUUCAACCUUAUUGAUGAUAAGACUGUAGAAACUACACAUGUCGUUAUAAAAGAGAAAUAUAAGGAUAUAGUUAAAACGUUCUGUGAUGUCGAGACCAUAGAUAAUUUUGUUCCUACGGAAAGAUCUUUGACGAUGAAUGAAGAUGGCAGUGUUACUAUAUGUGAAAAUAUUAAAGAACAUGAAAAUACCACUACUUUACAUCGUGAAGAAGACAAUUCUAGCGCGAUUACGAAGGAAGAAUUAACCAGACGAGUAAGAGAGAGGCUUAAGGUAUCCAAAUGUUGUAAUGUACCCGACCUGGCCAAGGAGUUUGGUGUCACUACUGAAAUUGUGCAGAAAAUUAUUGAUGACACUGGUUUAAAAAAAGGAUAUAAAAGAAAAAAAGGCUCUGCUCAGAACCAACGAGGAGCAGGGAAAAAGAGUAAAGUCUCUUGAAUAUAAUGGCGGAACUAUCUCUCAAAUGUGAGUGAUAUAUUCAUUCAUACAACAUUCAACUGCCUGCCAGAAAGUCUUACCAAGGGGUAUUGGGUUGCCCGGGUAACUGGGUUGAGGAGGUCAGAUAGGCAGUCGCUCCUUGUGGCACACUGGUACUCAGCUGCAUGCGGUUAGACUGGAAGCCGACCCCAACAUAGUUGGGAAAAGGUUUGGCAGAUGAUGUUAGGAUGUAUGUGUGCAGAUAAAUGAAAAAAAAUACUGAGUUGUUAUCUGUUAAUGACAAUGAGUGAGUUUUUUAAUAAAUAUUAUUGAUUUUAAAAGUGUA